AUGGAAGGUCGGAUGGAACCUUGCGUCGGCACCGUCGUGACGUGGUUCGUCUCUGCACGCCGCUGGACAGCCGGUGACGGGAUGGAUCUCCACAUCGACAUCGCCUUGACGCGCCCACCUACGCCGUCGCAGACCGCGGCUUACGGCGAAUUCGAGUCGCUCUCCACUACAACCCGAAGUCGUGGUCCCAUAGUGGAGUUCGGCCGUGCCACAACGGCACAUGGCAGCCCUAUGCAGGGGUGGCACUGCCAGCCCCCACGAGGGGAAGGGCCUAGAAAAGGUGGCCUAAACAUUGUUGGGUACCACGCCGUCUCCAGGCUAGCCAGGGCCGCAGACGUCUAAUCAUGGUCGAAACAAUCAAAAUCGAAAGAACAACAAUACCAAUAACAACAACAACAACCAUACUUAUAGAAGCGAAGAGCCGAGUCCCAGGAAGUAGUCUUAAAGAAGGAGACACGAUCGCCGGGACAAGAGCUUUAUUAGCCUGACGUUUUGGAUUCCUACUCGAAUCCAUCAUCAGAGACAAAAGAUCAGAAACGGGUGGUUGUUGCACAAGGGGCUGCGGUAUUUAUAGGAUGCAGCAGCCAUGCUACCGCAUGCCUAUUAACGUUCACGGCUUCCCCCUUCAUCCGGGAUUGUCACACUUGGGGUGAUUAUUGCUUGAUGGCCGACAUUCGAGUCGAUAAUUGCCGCAAUUUCAUCACGUGCGUUGGAUGUUGGCGUGAUGAUUGCUCGACCAUCUGAUGCGUUGACCCAGUUGGGAAGAGUGUUCACCAGUGCGCUCCCCGCGUGGCCAAUUACUCCGCCUAGACGAAGUCUCAGCACGCUGUAUUGAAUGGGAAGAUCGUUGCACUUGUUGAUGGACUGUGGGCCAGUAAACCAUGAUUCCAGUAGUUCCCGGCUCACUCGGUUGUCACCUCUUGCGAGAAUUUCGGCCUCAUCGAAUUUAAAUGUGUGACCGGGUCUCGUCGAAUGAGCCGCAACUCGAGAGCUGGCGUCAUUUCUGCGCACCGUUGCCGUGUGUUCGGCCAUUCUUGUUCGGAGCUGUCUUCCGGUUUCUCCGACGUAGUUGCUUUGUCCGCAACUGCACCAGAUCCGAUAAACGACUGCAGACGUUUCUAGCCGCGGCAGUGGGUCUUUCGGUUUCAUGAUCAGACGCCUGAUGCUUGUCUCCGGUCUGUGUGCCACUCCAACCCCAAGUGGUGCGAGAAGGCGGCCGACAGCUUCCGAAACGUUCUUGACAUACGGAAGUGCCCGCCAAGACUUGGUGUCCGUGCGGUUAGGCCUUUCGUCCCUUUUGCGUAUGCACCGGUCGACGAAGUUAAGCGGGUAGCCAUUGGCUUUGAAUACCCGUCGGAGGUAUUGUAGUUCAGCAAUUUUGUCUUCCGGCUCACUGCAGUGCGUUUCGACGCGCCGAUAGAGCGUCCUUACACAACUGCGUUUGUGGCUGAUUGGGUGGUUACUGUUGAAGUUCAGUACUUGCAACGUAUUUGUCGCUUUCCUGAACACUUUGGCUAAUAAAGCUCUUGUCCCGGCGAUCGUGUCUCCUUCUUCAAAAAAACCAUACUCAUUCUCCUCAUCCUACCUCUUCUUCCUCUUCCUCUGCCUAUUCUUAAGCCUAUUCUUCUCCUUCGUCACCUUCUUCUCCAUCUCCUACCCGUCGCCCCACUCGUUGUCACCAGACUCUCAGGGUGAGCCCGCUCACUCUGGCAGCCUGGAAUGUUCGUUCCCUUUUAGACAAUCCGAGGAGCAACCGCCCGGAACGGACGACGGCACGAGAACUGGCGCGCUACAAGUUGGACAUCGCCGCACUCAGCAAGACCCGAUUCUCCGAACAAGGCCAACUGGAGGAGGUGGGUGCCGGCUACACCAUCUUUUGGAGCGGUCGACCCACGGCAGAGCGACGGGACGCGGGUGUCGCCUUCGCCAUUCGGAACGACAUCAUCAGCGCCUACGCUCCGACGAUGACCAACCCCGACGCCGUCAGAGACAAAUUCUACGAGGACCUGCACGCCCUCUUGGCAACUGUGUCGAAGGCGGACAAGUUGAUUGUCCUUGGUGACUUCAACGCCCGCGUCGGCACAGACCAUACUGCCUGGAGAGGAGUGCUGGGUCCCCACGGUCUCCGCGGCUCAAACGACAAUGGUCUGCUGCUUCUCCGCACCUGCGCAGCACACCGCCUCAUCCUGACGAACACCUUAUUCUCUCUGCCGGAGCGAGAGAAGGCCACCUGGAGGCAUCCUCAGUCGCGCCAGUGACACCUGCUGGACUAUGUCCUCGUCCGGAGGCGAGAUAAGCAGGACGUGCUGGUGACGAAGGCGAUCGCAGGUGCUGACGGGUGGACGGACCAUCGCCUCGUCAUCUCGAAGAUGCGUCUUCGCCUACAGCCUCGCAGGAGACCUCAAGGUAAGCGACCCCAAGGUAAGCUGAAUUUUGCCUUGUUGUCUUUGCCCGCUCACCAUCUUCAUUUCAGCAAUGAGCUAGCUCAAAGGCUAGACAACCUUCUUACCGCUGCCGCCGACGACGCCGCCGCUGCCGAGAACGCCUCCGUGGAGAACCGCUGGUGUCAACUGCGUGACACGGUCUAG